AUGAUUGCAUUAGCAGAAGAUAUUGUCAGCACUAAAGGCCCAAUAUUCUUUCCUUUCCUUAUUGGCUCAGCUCUGUGAUACAUUAAUCCCUUGGUUCCAAACUCAGUUGGCAGAAGCUUCUCUGGAUGUGAGUUCAUAACAAUAGGCAUGACAACCUCUCCUUUCUCAUCAAUCAGCUUAUCAGUGUUGGUGCUUUCCCAAUAUGUUUUAAAAUAUGCAGUAUACGUUGCUGAUGCGAUUUGAACAUUAACAAAUAAGCUUAUAAUAUCGGUUUUCUGGAUGUCUGAAGAAAAUCCAUAG